AUGUUCUACCAAAACGGAAAAGUGCUACAAGAGCCUGAAUACAACUCUCGAACAACAAUCUGGGUGAACGUAUUCUUCAAUGCAUACGACUACAGGUGCGAUGACCUCGCUAUAAUGCGCACAGUCAUCACCUGCAUCCGCACAAGGGUUGCUAGUAUCACCACCCAUGCUAUGCACCACGAUAUCCCAUUUUGUAUCUCGAUCCAGGUGCCUGGAGGACAUGGUGAUAGGGAGUCAAUUCUUGCUGCUGCCGAGGUGUCGGCGGAAGAUAUUCGAGAGCAGAUCGCUAGCGGGUCUGUUCGUAUUAAUCGGGCUUUGCUCUUUCAGAGAUAG